AAAUUCUGUUGCUUCGACACGCUUUAUGUUGCAAGAUGAGUUCAAUCUGCAGACAACAAAAUGCGAUAAUUGCAUAAUAGGAUUCAUGUUUUGCCUACAGCAGUUAGCAUGUAUAUGUAGCAUUAUUGCUUGUCUCACAGGAAGUGAAGAAAUUCAAGAUGCUGCUCAGCUUCUGAACUGUCUGUCAGACGUUGUUUACUGCACGGUUUGCAGCUGUAUGCAGACACAGCACAAGGUUGAAAUGGACAAAAGAGAUGGAAAAUUUGGACCACGGCCAAUGGCAGUGCCACCUGCUCAACAAAUGUCUCGGUUAGAUCAGCCUGUUCCCCCUUCAGUGGGAUAUCCACCUGCUUAUCCACCAACACAGCAACCCCAUGGUUAUCCGCCACCACAACAGCAGCCUCAGGGUUACCCGCCACCACAGCAGCAGCCUCAGGGUUACCCGCCACCACAGCAGCAGCCUCAGGGUUACCCGCCACCACAGCAGCAGCCUCAGGGUUACCCGCCACCACAGCAGCAGCCUCAGGGUUACCCGCCACCACAGCAGCAGCCUCAGGGUUACCCGCCACCACAGCAGCAGCCUCAGGGUUACCCGCCACCACAGCAGCAGCCUCAGGGUUACCCGCCACCACAGCAGCAGCCUCAGGGUUACCCGCCACCACAGCAGCAGCCUCAGGGUUACCCGCCACCACAGCAGCAGCCUCAGGGUUACCCACCAGCCAAUUAUCCUCCACCUGGUGCUGGAUAUCCCACGUCUGAUUAUCUUCAGUGAAUUGGAACCUUUUUUUCCCUUUUCCUGUCAGUAAAGUCCAUAUAUAUGCUUGAAUUUUUUUUAUUUUUUUUUGUAGACCAUUAUUCGUUGCUUACCUUGUAAAUCAUGUGAGGUCAGAGAAUAUGUGUUGCGUUAUACUGCCUAAGGCGUUCUGAGUCAUUUUAUCGUGGUCCUGUAGAUACUCGUAUACUGGUAGGUUGUAGAAUAAUGAACAUUGCAUGUAAUGUCUAUACGGAAGUAAAAGUGUCAUUUUAAAGAGUGUCCGGUUAGUGUGUUGAAGAAAGAUACACUAUGCUGCAAGGCUGAGUUGCUCUGAUA